CAGUGUUACCUGUUUAUUUGCAGAGUAUGUUCGCCAUCAGGAAACCGCCAGUCCAAUGAAAUGUCACAACGUGACGUCUAUAACGACAGGUAAUAGACAGUAUAAAUCAUCACAUUCACAGAUGCCUGGUUCAAUUGCAGCCUGACGCCUGUUGAUACGCAACUGUUGAUACCUCGCUGACUCCGACAUGAAGCUUCUGGUCCUAGCCGCCGUGAUUGUAGCCGUCUCCGCUUUUCCAGAGCCGAGAUGGAUGAAAUCUGUCCCUCAUGGUGAAUGGGGAGAGUGGUACUGCGAUGGUCUGCAGCAGUUCCGUGACCGUGUCGACUGCGAGACGGAAGGCUUCGACUGCAUCUACAAGAGAGAGAUUGGACUCUGCGAAGGAAGCGACACCAACGCCCUGGGCGAAUGGAGUAAAUGGGGAGCAUGCAUCUACAACAUCCAGAGCAGCCACCGAGAAUGCUCCCAGCGCCCAUGCGCCGGAGAGUUUGAGAAAGCUAGGGUCUGUUAGUGAAGUAUUAAGUCACAAGCAGAGCCUCAAGAUUCUUCGUGAAAUAAACAGGCGUUUAGGGUCCAAAUAUAGGCAGCCAAAUUUUGAAGCCUGUAUCAUUGCAUUGUUUUCUUUGAAUAAAUCGCUGCGACAUUCUAAUCGCCAACCGUA